GUGGUGCGUGGCUGCGGUGGCGGUCAGGCGUGACCCACAACACGACCAUUCAUGUGGGAGACAAGGUCACCUGGGUGUGGGAUGACGACCUCCCACACUCCCUCAAAGUGGCAGCGAUGGGUGAGGCAGAGGACCCGCUGUUUCUGGGCUUUGGAGGGCACCGAUUGGGCGUGUCGCGCAAGCUGGCAUGCACUCACAUGAAUGUGGGCGAGGGGGACACCUUUGAAGAACCGCAAUCAUGCGUGUUGAAGAUGGACAACGAGUCCCCCGGCUUCUUUUCCUACAGGAAGGUGUUUGAGGAGCCAAUCACGAUUCACUACGAGGACGGCACUCUCUCUGCUGACGACUCCUCCACCUCCUCCGCGUCUUCCCCCUCGUCUGCGUCUUUUCUCACUGUGCUGCCUGCACGAGCAGGAGCUGAGGUUGCUGGUGAGCCCUUCAUGCCAUACCACUUGCCAUACCACUUGCCAUACCACAUGCCAUACCACAUGCCAUACCACAUGUCAUACCACAUGCCAUACCAUAUGCCAUACCACAUGCCAUACCGCAUGCCAUACCACAAGCCAUACCGCAUACGAUCCCAGAAGCCAUACAUCUACAUGCCGUACCACUUGCCAUACCACAUGGCAUUUGUGAGUUCCUUCCAUUGCCUUCCCUCCCGUUUCUUAAUUUCUUUCACCCUCACCAUUCUAUCUUCCUGCAUUCUCCCUAUACCCGCCCCUACUGCAUCCAUUCAUCUUCGUUAUCCCUCCCGUGCAUGCAAUGCAUGCAUAGCAGAUGUUGUGGAUGCCACUGACAACAUCACUCUUUCAAGCACCGCACGUUUCACUGACAGCAACGCUACCGCACCCUCCACGUCCUCAGCAGCCUACCAGUGCGCGCCGGGCUGUCUGCUGAGGUGGCUGGCGAACGGGGUGUGCGAUGCGGCGUGCAACACGCCCACGUGCGCCUUUGACGGCGGCGACUGCGCGUGUGUCGACCAGCUCUUCGGCCCCGGCAUCUGCGCCUGCCCGCCCGGCCACACCCGCCGCGACGACGGCUCGUGCUGUCUAUCCACGGCGGUGGGCGCCAAUCUCAACUUCCCCUUCACACUGCAGCGCCACGGCCCCAACUACACCGAGAGCAACUUUGCCUUUGCUGCCGAGAGGGGAUUUCCCGUCAAGUGCUACGUUUCUCGCCGCAACCGCACUCCUCUGCCAUAUCCCUCUGCCAACCGCCCUCCCCCCUCCCACAUUGUCUGUGGCAGUCUGCUAAUCGGCAUGGUGCUGCAGCAGGAUCGGUGGGGCACGAAGCAGUGCAACGGAUCGGGCCUACUGCACCUGGCGGGGUGGUGCAGCAACGGCACUUCGUUGGAACCGUUCGGAGUGAACCUGCACUCCCUGCCCACAUCGGCCAUCUACGACAGCGCUGCCAGCGCCAACAUGACCCAGCUCGACAACAACACCUUCGGUUUCAAGCUGCGCUUCAACCCCCAGGGCCUCCCCUAUGGCUUCAUCUACCCCAUCGACUCGCUCACAACCCUCCCGCUGGUGUUUGACAUCAAUCUCGACUACGAGGCGGCCAUGCGUCGUCUGCACUAUCUGGUGGAUGGCGGCUAUAUCGACAAUGGCACUCGUACUGUGGACAUCAGCUUCAUAACUUUCAACGGUAGCGGCCUCGACUGCUCUGCCCCGUCCGCUUCUCUCUACGUCUCAUGUGUCCACCACCUUCACACCACGUUGGCAGGCGAGACGCUCACGUUCGUGCUGACCACUGUGAGGUGCACAUUAAACGCUGGGGGCAGCAUGGCGGUCACCUUCAAGUCGCAGCCGGCAGCCAUGGCGAUGUACGAUGCAUCGGCGGACAACAUCGCACGGCUGGUGCUGGAGAUGGUGUAUCUGGUGGGGCUGCUCUGGAAUGUGUGCGGCGAGCUGCAGGAAUUGGCCGACUGCGCUGCCAAGGAUGGCUUUGUGCUCAGCUGUUUUGGGCAAGCAUGGAACUGGGUCGACAUGCUCUCCCUCACACUGCAAGUGGCUGCGGUUGUUAUCUGGGUGGUGCUGUGGCGGUAUGUGGAAUCAUUUGACAUGCAGCCACGAUACGACAUCUACCACUCGCUUCUCGAGAUGCCGCGCUACUGGGCCGUGCCCAACCUGCCCACAGGCUUCAUCAGCGCCACUCAGGCCUUAGCUGAUCUGCGCAACAUCAUCAACCUCCGCAGCGUCUACUUUUCCCUCCAGGGCAUCAAUCUCUUCUUCAUGAUGAUUCGCCUACUCAAAGUCAUGGACUUCCAGCCCUAUCUGGGCGUCAUCACUCGCUCCCUCGCCCUCGCCACGCCGUCCCUGAUGCACUUCUUCUUGCUCUCCUUUACGGUCUUCUUCUGCUUCAGCAUGUACGCCUACCUCGUCUUCGGAGGAGCACUUGAGAUGACGCAGCCGGAGAGUGGCAGUGGGGAGGAGGAUGAGGAGGAGGAGGGUGAGGGCGAGGAGGAUGAGGACCAUGAAGGGAGCGGGGAUGACAGUGAGGCCGGGUGGGAUCCCGAGACGCAUGGCGGUGGGAAAGGGGGGGAUGAUGAGGAGGACCAUGAGAUGGAUGGGUUGGAGCCAGAGGAGGUGGAGGAGGGGGUGGGAGAGGGUGGUGAAGGGGCGGCGACAGAGGCCGCCUCACAGCAUGUGGCUGAAGGAGGAGGGAGCGUGGGGGUUAAGGUGGGGAGAAAGCGGGCAUCCAUUAGGAUGCCGAAGCGGAGGAAGAGGGCGAGCAAGUUGAGGGAGCGAGCAUAUCCCUGCACAUUCACUGGGAAGCCCUUGGGCGAGGGUGUGGUCGCUCCGGAGUUCCUAGACGAGGACGGAGGGUCCGAGAGUAGUAAGGGGACUGGCAAGGGUAAUAAAAAACCGGGGUGGCAAGUACAGAUGUUCGGGCCUAAAGGGGCAGACGAGAAGCGUCAGUGCAAGAUUUGCACUGACAGGAUUUCGUGGAAGCAAUCCACGACAACACCCGGCGAGCGGCACUUUGAGAGCUACCACACAGCGCACAUGCACGUGUGGCAUCACCGUUACCACACUCCGUCCGUUCACUUGCCUGGGGAGACGUUUCCUCGUGGGGGCUACAAGGGUGUGCCGGAUGGCUACGUCGAUGGGUGGCCGCAUGCCAAGUCUUGGCCGCAUCUCGCAAAGAAGAAAGGGACGGCGUCCGGUGGAGCUCCGGGGUCAGGCGGGAUGGAGCGGUUCAUGACAACCAAGCUGUCCACGGAGGAGCUACGGCAGGCGAUCGCCAAGCUGGUGGUCACCUGUGACCUCCCCUUCCGCAUCGUCGAGUCCGAGGCCAAGAACUUCAUCCCCUCGCGGUGGACGGUAUCCCGCGACACUGUGGUCUAUGCAACAGCAGCUCUCCAGUCCGCCAUUGCGGAGAUGCUGGCGAAGGAGGGGGAGUUGGGGUGCAAGGUGUCGAUCACCAUCGACAUGUGGACGGCACCCAACAACAAGGCAUGGCUAGUGGUGACAGGUCACUGGAUAGACGAGAACUUCCAGCUGCGCACAAUGGUGCUUGAGUUCCGUGAGAUGCUCGGGCGGCAUGGGGGCAGGGAGAUGGCGCAGGUGGUUGAGGAGACGAUUGUGCAGUGGGGGUUGGAGGGGCGUUGUCUUGGUUUCACGACAGACAACGCCUCUAGCAACAUUGCCGCCUUCAGGCGGAUGUCGGAGGAGGGUGGUGGUCAGUGCUUCUUCAGCUCGCGCAUGCACUUCCGGUGCUUGGCACACAUGAUAAACCUUGCAGUGCAGGCAGCACUGGCUGUGGAUUCCAUACGGAAGUUGCUGAAGAUACUGAGAGAGAUGGCGUCGUGGAUUGGCUUCUCUCCACAGCGCUCGGGGUCUUUCUUGGGCCUACAGCGGACCUUGAACUCGCAGGCCAACCCCGCCACGCCGAAGCCGGCGUUGAAGCUGGUGCAGGACAGUCCUACGCGCUGGGGGUCGACCCACGACAUGGUCGAGCGUGCGGGUGUUCUGCAGAACCCCAUCACUGUCUUCUUCGCCCAGACACAGGGCUUGUCGAAGACCGACAAGAAGAAGGUGGAGAGUUUGCGCCUGACAGACGCAGACUGGGAGACCCUGCAGGCGGUGAAGACAUUCCUAAGCCCCUUCGCCAAGGUCUCCAAGGCAGCAGAGGGGGCGGCGUACCCGACUGUGUCGAUGGUGGUGCCGUACUACAACGGCCUGAUCGACGCCAUGGAGUCGCGCCUUGCCAAGGGGCCAUCUCCGACGCUGCAGCCGAUGAUCGUGGCGGCGCUGAGCCACUUGAAGAAGUACGCGUACAUCACCAGCAACGAGUACUGGAUCGCCACCUUCUUGGACCCUUCCAUGAAGGCGGCGUGGUUCGACGACGCGCACUGGGAGAAGCUGCAUCCCGAGACCGACAGGAGGGUGAGGCCGCGUCCGGCGUCUGGCGAGGUGAUCAAGCUGGUGCGCGACCGCGUGGCCGAGUACCAGGCCCGGGCUGCAGAGCUUGCUCCACGGCCGACCCCACUUGCCCCCGUUGCGGAGGAGGAGGAGGGAGACGAGGAGGAGGAUGACGAUGACGCGCAGUUUCUCCCUAGUCGCCGACGACUUGCGGCGCGUCUGUCGGCGAGCCAGGAUGCGGGGGCGGGUGGGAUGGUGCAGGACGACGAGGUUAGCAGGUACUUGUCCGAGAGGGUGCGGUGCGACGUGACAGCGCUAGAGUACUGGCGCAGUGCCACCAACAUGCAGACGCUGAGGCGCAUGGCCCGGGAUUAUCUCGCCAUCCCUGCCACGUCCGCUUCGAGUGAGCGGGUGUUCUCCCUUGGUCGCAACCUCAUUUCCUGGAAGCGGCACCGCCUGGCCUCUCAGAGGACGCGAGCUGUCAUGAUUCUCAGAUCAUGGUACAGUUCACACCCUGGCCAGAGGAUAGGCGAGGGCCGCCGACCGAGAGGCGUCGCACCACCAGAGUUCGCCAUUGAGGGCGAGGGGGCAGAGGAGGAUGACGAGGAGGAGGAGGAGGAGGAGGAGGGUGUGGAGGCUGACGACACAGCUGGUGGAGAGGAUGCUGUUGUUGAGUCCAUGUUCUCGUGCUUCCUGCUACUCCUCAACGACAAUGGCUCGGCCUACUUCUUCCAGCGCAUGGAAUCAUGGGACCUCAUAGCUGCGAUGCUCUUCUUCUUCAUGUUCAUCGUCUUCAUGGUCUUCAUCCUCCUCAACUUCCUCAUCGCCAUCAUCGUCGAUGCAUUCAUGAGCGUCAAGGACAGCAACCUUGUCGCCACCUCAAUAACCACUGACCUCGCACACAUAUUCAAGUACAAGUGGAACUGUUGGCGUGGCCGCUCCUUGCCAUAUCCGCUCAUUCUCGACCAUCUCGUGGAGUUGGGCGCAAAGGACACUCGAGUGGACAAGGUGAGAGAGCUGGGAACCUGGGGCACCUUCGUGGAGAAGUCGGAUCGUCGGAUGCGUCGCAUGCAGUCAAUGAAGCGGCGGACACGGACCCUCUUCUCCUGCAGCUGUGGCGGCGGCUGCAAGCCGUCGCACCUCAGUUGCGGGGAGAACCACCCCGCCUUCCCGUCUGCCAGCGAGACUGGGGAGCGGCGGCAGCACGUGCUGACAGUGAGGGAGAAGCGCAUCGACAUCAUCUCACUUGCCAUGAUCCUGCAGCGGUGCCAGGAUAGGGAUCGAGUUGGGCCCUGCAAGGCUGAGUCGCCGUACAAGUGUUGGUCAAGGGCAGGCACAAGUGAGGAUGCGGAGGAGGAGCGGCUGGAGCAGCUGUCGCAGGCGGUGGUGCUGCAGUGCGGCGAGGUGGUGAAGCAGGCCGCCCUGCCCGUCAAGAAGAGCGCAAAGAAGCUCAGCCUCGCUCACAUCAAGGCGGAUCUGGCACGCAGCGAGGCGAAGGUGGAGGAGCUGAGUGCCAUGAUGACAGACAUGCACGCACUCAUGCUCGACCUCCUCGCCCGCACGCCCCCGCUAAGUAACACUGCCCACUCUCCUGGUACCCCCGGUGGGCUGCCAGCAUUGUCAAGCAUGCCGCGCGCCUAUACGGAGCCCCCGCGUCGUCCCAUGUCCGUCACAGACUCCCCACAGCCACUGGAGCAAGUGGAGAGUAGGAAGGAGGUGCCUAGAAGGUUCAGCGAGUGUGGAACCGGUGGGGAGGCAUUUGGGGGAGAGAAAAGAGUGGGGGGCACUAGAGAUAGUCCGAGCAGUGCUGGAGGGAGCUCGAGCAGAACCCCGGUGCAGGCGUCACAACGAGUGUUGGGCAGGCGAGUGUCGUGGCAAGAUGGCAGAGGGGCGGAUGGGAAAAGGACAGAGGGGUGGCAGUAG